UUUAUACUAAGUCAAGAUGGACAUAUUGGUAUCAACUUUGAGCAUACAGUCGCAGAGGGACCUGCAAUCAUUGGUCUUUUUGAACAUGUUCUAGAAUUUCUUGAAAAAAGCCAGGAGCUGUCAAUGGCAGCAGCAAGGGUUAAACCCCCACAGCAACUUUGCUUCAACAUCAGCAGUGGGUUGCAGGAAGUCAUCAACCAAGCAGUUCACGAGGCAGAUUUGGCUGUGAAUAAUCUGAUGCUUCGGGGACUGUUUUUCAAGGACUACGGUAAAAACCUGAUCAAGGAGCAUGGAUUGAGCCCUGAUGCUUUCAUUCAGAUGGCCAUUCAACUGGCAUAUUACAGGAUACACAGACAACCGUGUGCAACAUACGAAGCCGGUUCAUUGAGAAAAUUCAAGUUAGGACGUACUGAUGCCAUUUACUCCUGCUCCAUAUCUUCCGUGGCAUUUACCAAAGGGAUGGAUGACCCAUCCUUGUCAUCCAGGGAGAAGAUGGAGCUUCUGAAAGCAGCAGUGGGGUCACACAAGAAGCACACUGAUGAUGUUGUUAAUGGAAAAGGUAUCGACAGACAUCUGCUGGGACUGAAACUCAUGGCACUUGAGAAUGGUAUGAACACCCCAGAACUAUUCAUGGACUUGGCUUAUAAAGAGAGCACAUAUUUCAAGAUGUUGACCAGUCAGGUUGUCUGCAAAUACAAAGCCCUGGUGUUUUUUGGACCAGAUGAACAAGAUGGUUAUGGUCUUUGCUACAACCCACAAGAUGAUGAGCUUAUCGUAUCCAUUAGCUCCUUUAACAAGUGCCCAAAGACUGACUCUGAUAUCUUCUUGAAUAGUCUUGUCAAAUCUCUACAGGACAUGAAAACACUA